GGCCCAAAGAGACGCGGGUAGAGCGGAGUGAGGACACAGCGUAGAGAGAAGCCGAAGAAGCAGCAUUCAUGACAAACUGCGCGCUUGGAGAAAACGAGAUGCUCUUCUAGUCCAUGCGCUUUUAGCUCCGUGCCAAACCACUAUUUCCACUUACCGGGACGCGCCACUUUUGGGAACAAUACUUCGGACCGAUACCACAACUCUUACCAAACUUUAGCGGAUUAAUUUAUUCUCCUCUGACAAUGGGUUUGAGACUGUUUUACGUGAAAGCUCCGGAGAUGUUAAGGUCAUUCCUGCGUAGCCCAUCUUCACUUCUUUGUUUUGUGGGGCUGUUAUUAUUAACUGUUUCCCAGCCUGUCUGCGAGGCGUUCAACUUGGACGUGGAGAAGCCAUCUGUUUAUAGCGGACCUCAGGGGAGCUACUUCGGUUAUGCUGUUGACUUUUAUUUGGCUGAAUCGUCCAGCGCCAGUGUCGUCGUAGGAGCGCCCAAAGCGAGCACGUUGCAGGUGAACAUAAUCGAGGGAGGAGCGGUUUUCUACUGCCCGUGGAGCACCAGCCGAUCGGAUUGUCACGCCAUUGAGUUUGAUAAAGAAGGAGAUCGAAGUGUCAACAUCAAUGAUACAGACCAUCAGGUGGAUUUCAAGUCGGGGCAAUGGUUUGGGGCGACGGUGCGUUCCCAUGGCGACACAAUUUUGGCCUGUGCCCCCCUGUACUCCUGGAGGACAGAAAAGGACAUACCCCAUGCUGACCCUACAGGAACUUGCUACCUCUCAGCCCAGAACUUCACCAAAUUUGUGGAAUACGCACCUUGCCGGACAGAGAUCAAUGAUGCUGGAGGACAAGGUUACUGCCAGGGAGGAUUCAGCGCAGAUUUUACUAUGGAUGGCAAGGUGGUAUUGGGAGGACCAGGCAGCUAUUUCUGGCAAGGUCAAGUCAUUUCUGCUGCAAAAGAGAAUAUCAUCAAAGCGUAUUAUCCAGGGUAUUUCAUGCAGUCUGUGGACGGCCAGAUACAAACCAAGCAAGUCCAAAUUGAACAUGAUGACAGCUACAAAGGAUACUCUGUGGCUGUUGGAGAGUUUAGCGGUGAUGAAGUUGAAGACUUCGUUGCCGGCGUUCCAAAGGGGCUCAUGCUUUAUGGUUUGGUGUACAUUCUGAAUGGUACAAAUAUGAAGAUCAUAGCGAACUACACUGGGGAGCAAAUGGGAUCAUACUUUGGUUAUUCUGUGGCUACAACUGACAUCAACAGUGACGGGUUGGUGGACCUGUUGGUGGGGGCUCCUAUGUUCAUGGUGCGGGGGUCCGGGGGUCGACUGGAGGAGAUGGGAAGGGUCUAUGUUUACUUACAGAGCGCCCCCCUCAGACUAGAGCUUAAACUACCUCACCUCACCGGCACAGAUGUGUACGGAAGAUUUGGAAACACCAUCGCACCUUUGGGAGAUCUCAACCAGGAUGGCUUCAAUGAUGUGGCUAUCAGCUCUCCCUUUGGCGGAGACGACCACCAAGGCCUUGUUUAUAUCUAUAACGGCUUCUCUGAAGGGCUGCGUGAAAAACCGUCUCAGGUUAUCGUGGGUCAGUGGGCCACAACAAACUUUCCACCUAGUUUCGGAUUUUCCCUUCGAGGAUCUCGGGAUCUCGACAUGAACGGCUACCCUGACCUCAUCGUGGGCGCUUUCGGUGUCGAUAAGGCCGUUCUUUAUAGGUCACGCCCUAUAGUUAACACCACGGCUUCACUUACGGUUCACCCCGGGAUGAUCAAUCCAGAGGAGAAGAACUGUGUCAUCACCGACGGCAACGCUAGCAUUCCAGUUUCCUGUGUCAAUGUGAGUUUCUGCUUAUCGGCGGAUGGAAAGCACCUCCCAGAUAUCCUCGAUUUCCAGGUGGAGGUGCAGCUCGACAACCGUGACCACAAGAAGAAGGGGGCGGUGAAGAGAGCUCUGUUUCUGGAGACCCAGAUGCCCCGACUGCAGAAAAGUGUCCGAGUGCGUCACGGCCAGCGCACGUGUGACCACAAAAUGAUCUACCUAAGAGACGAGAAGGAGUUUCGAGAUAAACUUUCGCCCAUUUACGUGGCGUUCAACUACAGCCUGGACCCCACAGCGGCAGAGGACUCCCACGGACUCAGGCCCAUCCUCAACUACCACACCGCCAACGUGAUCGAGCAGAAGGCGCAGAUUCUGUUGGACUGUGGAGAAGACAACAUCUGUGUUCCUGACUUGAAGCUAGCCGUGCUCGGUGAUCGUAAGGAAGUGUACCUGGGCGAUGACAACGCGCUGACCUUGACUUUCAACGCCAGAAAUGAAGGAGAGGGUGGGGCUUAUGAGGCGGAGCUGUACGUGGUUCUGCCCCCUGAAGCUGAUUACACUGGGAUCGCUCGAAACAAUGAGAGUCGGAACCAGCUCACAUGCAGCUACGACACAGAGAACCAGACCAGAUAUCUGAGCUGUGAACUGGGAAACCCCAUGAAGUCAGGCACCAGUAUGUGGGAGGGGCUGCGUUUUACAGUGCCCAGACUAAAGGACACGCACAAGACCGUCCAGUUCGACUUACAAAUUCGCAGUAAAAAUGAGAAUAAUUCCCACAGCGAGGUGGUGACCUACAAGCUGGAGGUGGUUGUCCAGGCAGAUGUCAUUUUACAAGGUGUGUCUCGGCCUGAUAAGGUCUUUUUCCCGCCGGCCAACUGGAAAGUGACCAAAAGUUACGGCCAGGAGCAGGACAUUGGACCUGCUGUGGAGCACAUCUAUGAGCUUGUGAACAAUGGCCCGAGUCGUAUCAGCCACACACUCCUGAACCUGCACUGCCCCCUCAGUCUCUCAGGACACUCUCUGCUUUACCCUGUGGAGUUCUUCACCGAGGGCCCCAUCAACUGCACCUCUGACCACCGCAUGAACGCACAAAACCUCAAGAUCCAGCGCACAGCCACAGAAUCUCCACUCUUGGCUCUUAAAGGCAGUGACCACCGCAUCGAGAAGAGGGACGUGCACAAGAAUGAGCUCUCUCAUUUAACUAACCUGUCUUGUUCUAACGUUGAAUGCUGGACGCUUCAAUGCAACGUGGGUCUUCUGGAGCGAGGGACCACAGCCAUCCUCAAAGUGCGCUCCCGAGUGUGGGCCGAGACCUUUAUGGAGAGAGCAUAUAAGCAGUAUGUACUAGAGUGCCUGGCCCGCUACAGUGUGAAGAAGAUGCCGUAUGCGAUUUUGCCUAAACAUGCGCCAAGUGGGCAUAAAAAGGUGGUGACUCCGGUGGUAUGGAAUAAGCCUGAUAUUGAAAACUCCGUUCCUCUUUGGAUCAUUAUCUUGGCUGUUUUAGUUGGACUACUUCUGCUGGCUCUGCUCAUUUACAUCUUAUACAAGUUGGGUUUCUUCAAGCGAUCUGUUCCUUAUGGCACCGCGAUGGAGAAGGCACAGCUCAAACCACAGGCUGCGUCGGAGGCUUAAAAAGCGUUCGAUAGUUUCUAUGAGAACCACAAUACCUGGCCUUAUGAUUGCAAUGACGAAAUGGAUUGAACGAAAGCGAGUUAUAGCAGAAGACAGGAAGAAAGAAGAAGAAGAGAGACCACUGGAACUCCAUUGUGCUGCACUAAACAACAAUCCAAAGAUCUCCAAACCAAAUGAAUGUUUUUUUUUUCAUGUUAUUUAUGUUUUUAUUUGCAUUUUGGGGACUGAAAUCAAGCAGACAUUUUUUAUCAGUGUUACAAAUCGACUGCCGAGAAUUACUAAGAAGUAGUGACUGAGGAGCUGUAGUCCACUUUCUGACAAAUGUGUGGAUUUCAGAAGAAGCCUGUAACGUCCGAUUUUUGUGUGUUUUUUUUGGGACAAAUUUGAAACCACCUGUAAUUAACUUUGGUGCUUGAACUGCUGUGUCCACUGUCGAGUGAAUAGUGGACAUAAUGAGAUGGAUAUCGACCCUAUAGCGCUGUAUACCAGAGCUGUGUAUCAUUAUUACAAAAUUAUAACUUCAGGAUUGAACUAGGGGUGGGCGAUAUUCACACAAAAUGAAUGUCUCCAUUUUAUUUUGCAUAAUCUCCAUUUCCAACGAUAAUAAGACCCUAUUUAUAAGUACUGCAUUUCAUUAUUUGAGUAAAAGUACAGAUAUACCUUGUCAGCGCUGUAGCAAAUACUUCUGAUUUGAAAUAUGUGCUGCAGAUAAUCACUUUGCGGCUUCAAAAAUUAGGGAACUUCUAAAAACGAGAUACAAAUUGUGUUUUGGUCUUAAUCUGUCAAAUGAUGUAAUGCACAAAAGCAAAAAUAAGCCAGUUGUAGUUAUUAGCAGUCCCUAUCAGUUUAUACCCUUGUUUGGGAGAUUACACAAGAUGUUUCUCUCUUUAAGGCCAUUUUUAAUCUUUUUUUUAAAAAUAAAUUUUUCAACAUAUCGCCCAUCCCUAUAUCGACCCCACUUGUGCAGGGCAGUGAAACACGCCUCAGGUUGGUGGACAGAACAGGCGGAGAUGGACUCAAAGGAAUCUACUGAUGUUAGACCCAAAGACUGACUCUUUCCUUUGAUAUCCGGACUCUGGUCUGUACAAACGCUGCAGUGGCUGUUGCUAACGACAACUGGGAAGAGACUGGACCACCCCUGACCACCUGAGAACCUCAUUGAAAACAGUGGGAGCA